UGUGGAGGCAAUCACUUCUGAGUUGUUAUUAAGAAAGGUUAAAUCUGACGAGGAAGCAUAUGAAUUGUAUAAUAACUACGCAUUCAAGCAUGGUUUUGGUACUAGAAAAGGAAAGAUAGCAUAUAGGGCUGAUGGGAAGACAAUUCGACAACGCAUGUAUUAUUGUUCUUGUUCUGGGUUUAAGAAUAAAAAAAACGUUGAGCCAAAGGCACUUAGUAAGAAAGAUUUUCGAUGUGGAUGCAAAGCUCUUGUCCAGUUUGAUGUUGACAAAGAAUCUGGUUUAUAUAUUCUUGUCAAACAUGUUAUGGAGCAUAACCAUUGUAGAAUACCUAUUUCUAAAAGGCACUUGAUAAGGUCUCAUAGAAAAGUGACACACGACCAACUUGCUAUGCUUAGUAACUUGACAGAAACAGGAAUACCUAUCGCGGAUGCAGUUCGUGUGUUGAAAAAGGAAGCUGGAGGUGAAUCUGUUCUGGGAUUCAUUAAGAGUGAUGCUUAUGAUGUGCUAGCUGCGCAGAAGAAAAAGAAACUUGAUGGUUGUGACUCUAAACAACUCAUUAAGUAUUUCAAUGAGAGAAAAGCAUAUGAGGUAGACUUCUACUAUGACUUUGAGCUGGACGAUGAAGGUCAUCUUGAGUGCUUUUAUUUUCGGGAUAGUAGGAUGAAAAUUGAUUAUGACGCAUUUGGGGAUUUAUUGGUACAUGACACUACAUAUUGUACUAAUAAGUAUGAUAUGAUAUGUGGUCCAUUUGUCGGGAUGAACCAUAAUAAUAAGAAUGUUAUGUUUGGCAUCGGUUUUAUCUUGAAUGAAAAAGCAGUCUCCUUUAUAUGGUUGUUCAAUACCUUUUUGAAAUCUAUGGGCGGGAAGCAUCCGGUUACCAUUAUGACUGAUCAAUCUGCAUCAAUGGCAAAAGCAAUUAGAGAAGUAUUCCCAAAUUCAAGGCAAAGAUUGUGUACUUGGCAUAUUGGUGAAAAUUCUAAGAAGAACAUUAAAAAGUUGGAGCAAUGGAUGGAUUCACUGAUUUGUUCAACACUGUUUUGAAAUACACCGACACAAUUGCUGAAUUUAAUUACUAUUGGUCGAGCAUGGUCGAAAAGUACAACUGUGCAGAAGUAAAAUGGAUUCAGGACUUGUAUCUCAUUAAAGACUUGUGGUGUCCUGCUUAUUCCAAAGAUUAUUUUAGUGGCGGUAUUUUAUCUUCGCAACGGAGUGAGACCACAAAUAAGUCUAUUUCAAGGAGACUACAUAGGAUUCAUGGACUUUGUGACUUCUACAAGUGUUUCAUUGAGGUUGUUGACGAGUGGAGGAGUAAUGAGAACAGUGAUGAUUAUGAUACCAUUUCCGGAAACCGUCAUCUAGUGUGGGCAGAUAUUGGUAUAUUGGAACAUGCAAGGGUAAUUUAUACCACGGCGAUGUAUCUACAAUUUGAGGAUAAUUUUGUAAAUGGUGUACCAUGUGUUGCCAAAGUUGUUAAUAUGCAUCCUCCACUAUAUGACUAUCAUGUGAAGCAUCCAAAGAAAGAUUUCCUCAUGCACACCGUGACCUAUGACGAGUCAACAUGUUCAAUUCAAUGCACGUGCAAAUACUUUGAUGAGGUUGGUCUUCUUUGCAAACAUUGUCUUCGUGUGCUUCACCUUAAUAAUGUCACAACUAUUCCAAAGAGAUACAUUGUAAAAAGGUGGACAAAGGAUGCUAUGUGCACUAAAGUGUAUGACCAUGUUGUUGAGGAAUCCGGAGUGGUCCCUUCUAGUGUUUGGAGGCUGAAUACAUUAAGGAAUUUCAAUAAAUUAAUCAUCAUGAGUCAAAAUGAUAUGAGUGCAAGAAAUAUUAUGGAAGCCGCCUUCACUGAGUGUCAAAAGAGGGUCGAGCUCUUGGUCGGGAGUUCUGAAAACGCUAAACAAAUCCCGGAAAAUGAUGGCACUCAAAGUUUAGAUGACAUUUAUGAAGAUGGAAAUUUGCUUGAAACUGGUAACAUAGGAGAUGGAGGAGUGGAUGAGGCUAAUGAGGAUGGGCCUAAUGGGAGUCAGAUUGAAAUGGAUGACAUUGGAGGUGAGAAUGAUAAUGAGCUUAAUAUUAAGGAUCCAAUUAAAAAAAGAAAGAAGGGUGUUAGGAAUAUCAGACUAAAAAGCACUCAAGAGAAGAUAUGCAAUAAAUUGAAAGGCCAAAAGUUAAAAUCAUGGAAAAAGAGAACUGGAACUGGGAUUGGCAAGAUGAAAUCGAAAGCUCAAAAAUCAGUAAAGGAAUAUUUGGAUGUACCUGAGAAUAGUUGUGUUGCGCACCCUACCAAUCCUGAAGCGCAAUUGCAAUUUCAUGGACAUGAUGACUACUUUGGAAUCAAUGUUACUCCUUUUGGGAAUUAG